CGCGCUCACAGGAAUAAACGCGUUUACCGUUUUAAUAAAACCCAUUUGAACCUCAAACUGGAAUUUAUUGCUUUAUUUCGAAGAUGAAGAAUUUAAUGUGUCUGAUGAUAUUUAUCAUAAUCAGCUUCAGUUCGGUGAAAGCCGGGUGUCCCGGCGUGUGCGAGUGCCCGGCGGAGCGUCCCGUGUGCCCGCCGGGCGUGAGCGCCGUACCUGACGGCUGUGGCUGUUGUAAGGUGUGCGCCGCUCAGCUGAACGAUGACUGUCACACGGGACGACCGUGCGACCAUCACAAGGGUCUGGAGUGUAACUAUGGAAACGACGUGGCCAGUCUCCACGGAAUCUGCAGGGCCAAACAUGAAGGGCGCUCAUGUGAAUAUAACGGCCGGAUGUAUCAGAACGGUCAGAGCUUCCGCGCUGGUUGUAAACAUCAGUGCAUCUGUAUCGACGGAGCCGUCGGCUGCGCACCUCUUUGCACCACUGAUAUUCCUGUCUCCACGCCCUCUUGCCCCGCCCCCCGUUUGGUCAAAGUGCCAGGCCAGUGCUGCCCCAGCGUAGACUGUCACAGCCAAUCCUCCAUCCUGCCGCCCGUCUUCAGACGUCCACAGCCACCUCCGUACCUGUUCCCAGACCUGCACACCUUUAAAAACCCUGGACCGAAGCCAUACCCCUACAGACCCAAAAACUCACUGAGCAAUGAACUGAUGGAGGUGGACAAAAAGUGGGAAACACCACGCAGUCGAAAGCACCUGACAGCAUGGAAGCAAGCUGGGCGGCAAUGCAUCGUCCAGACGACAAGCUGGACACCUUGUUCUCGAAGCUGUGGGAUGGGGGUGUCCUCUCGGGUCACCAAUGACAACACUCAGUGCAAACUGGUGAAGGAAUCCCGACUCUGCAACGUUCGGCCCUGCAGCUCUGUCGCUGUCCCUGUGAAGAAAGGCAGAAAAUGCUCCCGUACCCAAAAGUCUCCGGAACCUCUCCGUCUACAUCACGCCGGCUGCCGGAGCGCUCAGCUGUAUCAGCUCAACUACUGCGGCAUGUGCGUGGACGGCCGAUGCUGCUCGCCUCGCCGCACCAGGACAGCCCCUGUGCUCUUCACCUGUCCCUCCGGCGAGCGCUUCGAGAGGGCCGUCAUGUUCGUUCAGUCCUGCAAAUGCAACGACGAAUGCGGCCACCUGAACGACGCGGCCCUGCCUCCCCAGCGCUGGCUCUACGGCGACACGCAUAAGUUCAUCGAUUAGCACCUGGUUUCUGGAAGCCCCCGCCCUGCCCCGUCCCAGCAGAUCCCCAAUAGAGUAGCGUUUCUAACUGUAACCGAGUAGACGCUAGACCAGGGCCUUCAACUGGAAUCCACAUGGAGAAGGGGCCCUUUUGGUUUCCAAAUCCUUUGCCCAGGAGUGGAUCGGAGCUUUAGAAUAGACGCCCUUCCUGAUGGACAUCGCCGAAGGUUGUUGAACCCGGGUCGUGAAUAUAUAGGAAUGAAUUUUAUGAUUGGCUAGCCCUCACCAUGAGCAGGGAUGCAUUCUGGGGCAUCUGCACAGGUGGACACGUGUAAACUUGUGCUGGUCGUCAUGUGGACAUUAAGCAUGUUCUUUGUCAUUACUCAUCAUUGGAGGAACAUAAGAGGAGCAGAAACACUCGGGACUAACAUCCGGCAAAAUACAGAGGUAAAUUGACAAGUCUCUGGACGUAAUCCAGGGUUUACCAUGGAGAUAUUGAUUUGGCUCCGUUACUCUCCCUUGAGUCCCAAACAUGAUGUCUUGACUGGAUUUGUACUGUGGGACAUCAAUUUACUGAGGGACAUUGGCCAAGCGCCACAGCACCCUGGCGUCAACACGCCAACUCCCCAACACCGAGCUAAUUACAAAUCGUGUGCAGGAAGGGAACUCAGUGACCCUCUGGCUGGCAAUAAAAAUAUGUUAAAAACACCAGCAUCUGAUGUAAACAUGUAAUUUGAAAGUAAUGGGUGGAACGUUCUCUCAAACGCUGCUCUGUAAUCUGCAAUGUGAUGCUCGUGUCUCGGGCGAAUGGUGUUUUACGACCCGUCUCUAUUUCUGCCUGCUGGCACUAGUACAUGAGAUGAUGGGGGUGACGUCAUCUGAGUCGGAACGAGGGUUUGAUCAGACAUUGAAAGCCACGUUGACUUGGGGUUAAGGUCAAAAACUGAUUUUGUUCCAAGAUACAAAUAAACAUUUCUAAAAAAAGGUAGAUCCAUUUUGUACACAAUCAGGUCACACAAUAAUGCCAGACUUGGAGUCAUGCCAAAGGAGUCAAUCCUCUAGUUCAGACCCCUCUAGCGUCAAACUAUAUGUGACCCUGGAUCACAAAACCAGUUUUAGGUACCACGGGAACAUUUUUAGUGAAAGGACAAAAAUAAAUUGAAUGGGUCAAAUUGAUCGAAUUUUCUUUUAUGCCAAAAAUCAUUAGUAUAUUAAGGAAUGUAUCUUCCAUGAAAGUAUAUUCCGUGAAGAUUUUGUGUAAAUUUCCUGCCUUAAAUAUAUAAAAUCUUUCUUAUUGCGAGUGGAUGGCCUGCUAAAACGCCUCUGAUUAACACCUUCAAAGGCAAUUUGCUUUUAAACUGUUGUAAUUAAUCCAGAUAUUGUCUUAUCCUAACAACCCAUACAUCCAUAGAAAGCUUAAUUAUUCAGCUUUCAGACGAUGUAAAAAUCUCAAUUUCGAGAAAUUUACCCAUAAAACAGUUUUGUUGUCCAAGGUCCCAUAUACAAAUGUUGGUUUGUUGUAAUCCAUAGUUGGCUCAAUUAUACACAAACCCAAGUGAUGGAUAAACUAACUCAAGAAAAUUCAAGAUUCUUGUUGUUCGUGCUCAAAUUCUAAACACACACAUACAAAGGGAUGUAACAAUAUUACCGAUAUCGUGUUAUCUCAAUUGCAAAAUCGUCUCAAUAUUAUCUCGGCCACAUGAUUGUGUGAAACAAAGUUAAAAUGAAAGAACAGAUGAUACCUUUGGCACAGUCCAUCUGAUGAGGUUAUAUUUAAUAAAAAGGAAUUUUAGGUCAUCUGACCCAUCUCAUACUGUAACUCAUACAUCUGAGCAAUUAGGAUUAGAAAAGGGGAUGCUUAUGGCACGUUUCAAAGUCAACAUUGUCAUUUUGCAACAAUACUAUACCGUUGACUUCACACAAGGUAUUAUCGUAGUGAGAUUUAGAUAUUACCACAUCCUUACACAUACACCUAAUGAAGGACUUCAGGAUUAUGAACGCAUGACAGAUUGCUGUAUGUAAUUAAAGGUGUGAAUUAUGUAUACAGAAAAUGACAUCAUUAGCAAAGCUACAAAAGUUAUUUCCAGAUUAAAGUGAUCAUUCUAUCACUGCUGAAGAAAACCACUCAACACCGAUGAAAUAAACUCAUGUCAAUCUGCCUGCAGGUG